GACUGCCUGGCUGGUGAGAGAGGCAGCGGUGGAGAGAUGGCUGUCAGCGGUGCCCAGCCUCCCUACUUGAGCCCAGUUGUCCCCUUUUCUGGGAUAAUCCAGGGAGGUCUCCAGGUUGGACUUCAGAUCACUGUGAAUGGCUCUGUUCUUAACACCAGUACAAGCAGGUUUGCUGUGAACUUGCAGACUGGCUUUGGUGACAAUGACAUCGCCUUGCACUUCAACCCUCGGUUUGAAGAUGGAGGGUAUGUGGUCUGUAACACAAAGCAGAAGGGAUGCUGGGGGAAUGAGGAGAGGAGGAUGCAAAUGCCCUUCCAGAAGGGGAGGCCCUUUCAGCUUUGCUUCUUGGUGCAGCCCUCAGAUUUCAAGGUGACGGUGAACGGGAGCUUCUUUGUGCAGUACUCACACCGGGUGCCCUUCCACCUCGUGGACAACAUCUCUGUCAGCGGCGCUGUGCAGCUGUCCUACAUCAGCUUCCAGAACACCCAUGUGGCCCCUGACCAGUCUGCCUGCUCCAGGGUGCAGUCCUCCCAGCCUGUCCAUUUCCCACCCAAGUUCAAGGGGCGCAAACCGAAACCCCCAGGCGUGCGGACUGCCAACCAGGCCCCCUUUACUCAGACCAUCAUCCACACUGUGCAGACCACCCCUGGACAGAUGUUUCCUAAUCCUGCCAUCCCGCCUCCAGUGUACCAAAACCCAAGCUACCCGAUGCCUUUCUUCACCAGCAUCCCAGGUGGGCUCUACCCAUCCAAGUCCAUCGUCAUAUCCGGCAUUGUCCUGCCUGGUGCACAGAGGUUCUGCAUUGACCUGCGCUCCGGGAAUGACAUCGCCUUCCACCUGAACCCCCGUUUCAAUGAGAACGCUGUGGUCCGCAACACCCAGAUCAAUAACAGGUGGGGGACUGAGGAGCGAAGCUUGCCUGGGAAAAUGCCCUUCAUCCAAGGCCAGUACUUCUUGGUGUGGAUCAUGUGUGAAGGCUACUGCUUCAAGGUGUCUGUGGAUGGUCAGCACCAGUUUGAUUACUACCACCGUGUGAAUAACCUGACCGCCAUCAACCACCUGCAAGUGACGGGUGACGUGCAGCUGACACACGUGCAGACAUAGGUGGGCUCCCUCAGCCUGAGGACAGAGGCUGGGGAAAGCUACCCUGACACCAUCCCACUGGCCUCUACCAGCUGACCAGAACUUUCUCCUAGGGGGCGCUCUUCUUUCCUGGUGUUCUUCAAAUAAAGGUGGCUGUGGUUUAUUAAA